UAAAAACGUUUCUUAAAUUCAGCUUAUUUCAUAUAAAACACGCAGACGGUAAAAUGGUAUCCCAAUAUUUCAUAACAAUAAAGUUAGUUUUAUUAUAAUCGAAGACUAUGUAUACUUUUGUGAAACUAACCAUCAUUGAGCCUUUCGUAGCCUAAGGGAUUUAAUAAAAUUAAUAAAAUGUAUUCAUAUAUUUGCAACAUUUUAAUAAUAAAGACGGAAUGAGGAUUGUCGAGUUUUUGAUAAUUCUUAUUUUUAUUAAGAGUACAAGAGCUGGUGAAAGACAAACAAAAUCCUUAGAAGAAUUGGAACUAGAUUUCGAAGAUGAAAAGAAUUCAAUGUUAGCUACACCAGUAUUCGAAGAAACGACUUAUGAAGAUUUUUAUGACGAAAUUGAUAACAGAAUUGAAUUAGAUGAUUCCAUGAAUAUGAUAUUUUUUGGUCCUCCUAGUUCUUUCUUAAGACUUGAUGCAGAAUCUAUUUUACACAUACUGACAAAUACCAAGAAAGACUUGAUACCGAUUUCUCGGACAUUGUUAGCUUGGGAUGUAGUGACAGAUGGAAAAACUUCUGCUUUUUUACAAGGUCGGGAGUUUCUUGCCUUUGGAAGCCUUUUAAACGAUAUACCCGAAGAAGAUUUAUAUUAUGUAAAUUUUGGAGAUCCAUCUGUUUAUAAAUAUUUCGCGAAAAAUUAUGUCAAUUUAAAUAAUAGAAAGUUCGGAGUUUUGGCUGCAGCGUAUAGACGAUAUUAUGGCAACAACUGGUAUAAAAACGGUUUCCUUGUGAACGAUCUCGGAUACAUGUUGUGUGGAUUUCCGUCACACGAUUUGAAACGCAUAACGCCAUCUACUUUUAAGGAGCUUACAUUUGACGUUCUCAGUAAACUUGGUAGAUGUAGUACUCAUCAAAAGCUGACUUUAUAUAAUAUAGCCACACAUCCUGAUGCUUACGGAGAGCCGCACAAAUGGUCUUCGCAUGAAGUUGGCAGGCUAAAUUCUUUAUUUAAUUGUAUACCAAGAGAGGAAAUAAGUUCAAUUCAAUUAGAAGCUAUAGCAGCUAUUAGUCCAAAUGUAAUGAAACUUAUAAAACAGGAAAAGCUAUCGUUCUUUACUAAACCGCAAAUACUAAGAAUGAACCCAAAGACGCGACGUAUUUAUAUUUUAAGAGUACAAUUAAAAAACAGCCUCGAUAUAAGACAAAUUACUAAAAAAAGUGGUAGCUCCAGAACAUGUGUGGAUAUGACUAAAUAUGUCCAAUAUGUUCAUUUUACUGUGAUUUAUUUCCAAAUGUUAUAAUUGUUAAUAUUGUAUUCGGUAUAUUAUCAAUUUAAUUAUGCAUUUUUUGGUUCAAUGAAUAUUUCAAAUAUUUAUAAUGGAUUUGAAAUAUAAA